AUGGGCGGCGACGAGGAUGCUGCGGAUGCGGGCGGUGGGAUGAUGAUGAUACCAUCGCAGGCGAGCUCGCAUUUUCCGAUUGAACCGAUCUCGGCGGACGUGUUGCUGCGGCGGGAGACGAAGCGGCGGGACGCGCUGAAGAAGAGGGGGCCAGUGAGGGUUGGGUGUCGCGAGGUGGAUGAGUAUGUGCUCAUGGGAGGAGGCCUGGAGCGCGGGAGCGUGGUUGGGGUUAGUGCUGAGAGCGAGCAGAUGGGGUUGAUGGCGGUGGCGACGGAGCUCUGCGGGAGCGAGGGCGAGAUGAGCAGGGCGAUGGUCGUCACGGCCCAGCCGCCGGCUGCGAUCUUGCCGGCGCUGAGGGAUGCGGUCAAGGCGGAGCUCGCGGCCCGCGGCGUUGCGGGGUCGGAAGUGAGGGGCAGGCUUGUCUCCUGUCUGGAGCGCGUGUCGAUCACGAGGGUGUUUGAUCUGGAGGGUUUGUGGGAGGUGCUUGGCGAUCUGGACAUUCCGCCGGGGAGUCCGGUUUCUGAAGCAGCGUCGCUGGUGCCGGAGCCGCAGGAGGAGGAGGAACCGGAGGUGCUGCUGGCGUCGCAAGGGCAGGAGGAGGAGAUCGCUUCACCGGAGCCUGAGAGGAUUACUUUGCCGGAUCUGAAGCCUGCGUUUGAGCCGCAGCGGAGGCCGGUAAGGACGGAGAUUGCGGACAGCGAGGAGGAUGAUGACAUCAGCGAUGGCGAGGACGGCGACGUUGGCGACGGCAAGGACAACGACAUCAACGAGGACAAGGACGACCAGGCGCUCGCGCCGUCUUCUUCAGAGCUCUCGGAUUUGUCGCCGCCGCCCUCGUCAAUGGCUUCGAUGCUAGCUACACCCGACCCUGUUGUUGCCCCUGAGGAUAAAGAGGAGUCCGACUCCCACGACGAUCCCGACGCGAAACCGGAAGAGAAGCUCCCAACUCCUCGAGAGCAGCCAGUCGAGGACCAAAACAGAAGCAGGAGUUCGAGAAGGGAAGCCGAACCCCCCGCGCCCCCGGACAUAAUCCUCAUCACGCACUUUUCCACCCUCAUGACGGCCCUCUUCACCGCACGCGACAGGCCAUCCGCCCACGACGGGCUACAGUCCCUAUCUGCCUUCCUGCGCUACCUCUCGCGCAACCUCUCCAGCAGCCCGCUCAUAAUGCUCCUCAACAGCACCAGCUCCUCAAAGAGCAAGACGCUGACGGAGCCGCCGCCGAUACCUCCGACCGAAGCACCACCACCGGACGAAAGAAGCAGCAACAGCAGCAAGCCCCUCGCCGCGACGCUGCGGUCCGUCUUCAACCCGCCCCAGCUGGACAUACCGGGCUACGCCGGCCAAGCAGCCGCGCGGCGGAACAAGCCCACCUUCGGCCUCGUCUUCGCGCAGCUGCUCGACCUGCACCUGCUGUGCACCAAGGUCCCGCGCACGAGAGAGGACGCGGAGAGGCUGUACGCGCCGCCUGACCGGGGCGACGGAGGCGGCGGUGGCGGCGUGCGGUAUACGUGGGUCGUCGAGGUCCUGCUCGACGAGCUGGGCGUCUGGGACGAGGGGGCCGCGCCCGGGGGCAGAAGGUGCAGGGAGCAGCGGUGGACGGCCGUGGAUGUGAGGGCGGGCAGGAUCGUGGAUGCGUUUGAGGGCGCGGAGGGGAGGCCGAAGAAUGUCGGGGAUGUUAGGGUCGUGGGCGGCUUUGGCGGCCCGCGGGUCGGAGAAGAGGACGCAGAGAUGAGGAUUGUUGGGACGCUGGUGCCCCUGACGGCUGCAGCUGCCUCUUUGCCUGGGGCGUCUGCCGCUUUGGAAGGGACGAUGAUCACUUCCACAUGGCGUUAUGUUCUGGACGCCGAAGGGUUUGCUUCUUCGUUCGGACGGGUUCUUGGCGCGGCGACGAGGAGACUUACAUGGUCCGGCACGAGUCCCGCCGACGACGUCGAGGCCGGAGCGCCAAUCUACCAUUACGAGUCGGCGCCGGAGAAAGACCUCGCGGAGAGCGUCUACCAAAUCAUCCAGGAGAGCGGACACGAGCGGUUCGCGGCGCUGCUACACGGACAAGAGGCCCUUCGGUCGAGGCUUGCCGGUGCCGAGGGGGCGUUUACGGUCUUCGUGCCCACCGACGAGGCGUUCCAGAAGCUGGGUAUGGAUCAGAGCGCCGAGGCGCUGGCGCGUGAGAUGGCGGAGUACCACGUCCUUGAGGGGGUGUACUCUGCCGAUGCCCUUCGGGGGAUGCAGACGGCGCCAACGGUGUUGGAGGAGCGCGGGACGGGGCGCCGGCAGAGGGUGAGGAUUGGCGGUGGCGGGGAGGAUGUCCUGCUGAACUUUUACAGCCGGCUUUUGGGGGGUGAAUCUAAGCGGGCUGGGAAUGGGGUUGUGCACUUUGUUGAUGAUGUGCUUGUCCCGCCGCCGAGGUUCGAUCGACUUGUUGAUGUGUUGCCGGAGCGGCUGAGUAUGUUUUCGAGGGCGCUGAAGGAGGCGGGCAUUGGCGAGGAAGCGGGCUUGGAGGGUCCGAGGGGUAUUACUGUGUUUGCGCCGUCGGAUGAGGCGUGGGAUAAGCUUGGGGCUGAAGUCAAGAGCUUCUUGUUUGGGGAGGGGGGAGCCGGGUAUUUGAGGGCUUUGGUGAGGUAUCACAUCAUCUCAGACAAGAUUCUCUACACGGAUGUGGCGGUUGAUCUCGCCGAGGGGACGGAGUCUUGGCCGAGGAGGUACGAGACUUUACUUGAGGGGGCUGGCGUGCUUGUUCACGUUCUCACGACAGGGGGCCGGCUGAUGAUGGAGGUGGAUGGAAAGAAGGUCUCGGUGAGAGAUUUGCCUGCAAGGGAUGGUGUUGUGCAUGUGCUCGAUGAGGUGUUGAUACCAUCUAUGACGACUGAUGGUGUCGAAAGAAGCGUGACGAUGAAUCUAGAAGAUUUGAAGAGGCGUCUUGAUCCUUGGAUGAGGACAAGUGAAGGAUUUGAGAAUUUUGAGUUGUGA